AUGUUCGGAAGUAAUUCUUCCCAGGAUAAUUACGCCUCACAUUGUCACCGUCCCGCGCUUCCGCCACCACCUCCGUCUGGAAUUUUUGUUAAUACUUACCAACAGGACGGCGGACAAGCUCAUGCUUCCGGUAAUACGCACGCAAACAAACUGCCUCCUAUCUCACUUUUAUCAGAGCCACCGCCGGCCGUGACCAACACAACGGCAGAACAACCAACAAAUGUGACAACUCCACUCAGACCCCAUCCGUCCCGACCAAAGUACAAAGUUACAACAAGUAAAACAGCUUGGACUGUUGAGGAGGAUAACUUGUUGCGAUUAGCUGUACAACUAUACGGUGAUAGAUCCGAAAAAUGGACAAAGAUAGCAGCUUGCGUUCCCGAUAGAACAAAUAAAAUGUGUAGGAAACGUUGGUUCCAUUCACUUGACCCAAAUUUGAGAAAGGGACCAUGGACUUUGGAAGAAGAUGAACUAUUAAGAAAGGCCGUAGAAAAGCAUAAAAGGGUUUGGUGUAAAGUCGCUGAGUCGAUCCCAGGAAGAACCGACGAUCAAUGUGCCAAAAGAUGGAAAGAAUGCUUGGAUCCUGAUAUUGAUCAUACCGAGUGGACUGAACAAGAGGAUGCUCUUUUACUGCAAAAGCACUCCGAAUUAGGCAGCCAAUGGCAACAAAUUGCGCAAUUCUUUCCGGGACGUCCUGGAUUGCAUUGUCGUAAUAGAUUUCGAAAGAUUCAGAGGCUCAGGAAGGCAAACAAAGAUCACCAAUUGGACAUGAUAAUCAUUACUCCCGAUGAUAUUUCACCGACUGCGUCGCCGACCUCCCCUUCAGACAUGCCAUUAUCUUCGAACUCAAAUACACAUAUACCAAUGCAUGCGCAGAAUUCAGUGUCGAGCAUGCAAGCCAAUCCACAAUCACAUUUUAUGUUAAGUAUGCAGCCGCCUAUACACGAGCAUCUAUCAUCAAAUAUGGUUGCGAACCAUACAUCAAGAGUUUCUCAGAAUUCUUCAUCUAUCUUGGAAUCUAAUUUGUCACCAGAACCGAUUCCCAGCAUGAUCUCGCAGACCACUUCAAGCGGUCCUAGCAUUGCCUCGUUAUUAUCUUCUUCACCAAACGUAAAUAUUCCCAAUAUUGAAACACAAAAAAACCAGACGAACGCUAACACUACGGAACAAGUCCUUCAACAUCCCGUUUCAAAUGAGACCGAACAUGAUUCAUGUAACAAAGCGUACGGCUGCGGUGUAAUGGGUUGUGAAAUCAAUUUUGCGAGUUCAAAUGGCUUGUAUUACCAUGUGAAGGCAGCACACCCUAACGUUAGCAGUUCCGAUAAGCCUUAUCGUUGUGCUCUCCCGGAUUGUUAUAAAAGCUACAAAAAUAUAAAUGGUUUACAAUACCAUAUUGCCAAUGCGAAAGGUUCAUCCGGGCAUCAAUGUGAUAAUAAUGAAGAGGGAACAUCCGAAGUUUCUUCUAAACCUUAUAAAUGUCCGGCCCCCGGAUGCAAAAAUAGUUAUCGUACCCCCAACGGUUUACAAUACCAUCAAAAAAAACAUCAUGGCUCUCAGUUGAUGGCUCCAUCAUCUAACCAACAAUUUGAAUCAGGGCCCUCCAGUGUAGGUAUGCCUGAUGUCAUGGAAGAAAAUGCGAAUCCUAAUAAUCCAAACAUUCAGCCAUGGGCAACGUCUAAUCAAUUUGUGUCCGCAAGUGUGACAAAUCCACCAACUUUCAAUGUCGCUGAUCCUAUUUCAGUGACAAACCUUCUCGGAAUUCCAGAGUCUCAAUUUUGA